AUGCCCCUCUUCGGUCGAAUCAUUGGCGCCUUAAACCACGUCUGGACGAUAUUGAGGAUCAGAGACGUCUACCGGAGUACUGUCGUCGCAUAUCAUAGCUUCCUUGCCCGCUGGAUCGCCGACGCAACCUCAACGUCGGCGUCGAAAACAACGCGUCCCUGUCCGAGCCGUCGUCCUUAUUUCAUACCGUUUACCGCGCCGUAUCUAUGCACCACAUCGCACUACGAUUUCGACGAUCGCGGGUUCUGGGAUUUCCCCGAGCGAGUGGGUUGGGCACUCGACGCGACGGGCUACCGUAACUUCAGCAACGCGAUUGAGUGGGCCCAGAAUCUUGCGUUCUUGGACGGCUUGUACACUUGCCGACGGCGGAAGAUCCCCGAGGAGCUGUCGUUAGCGAGACCUCUCGACUCGCUGAAACUCAAGUGUUACCGUAUUAACGAUGAUGCCCCGGGCGGAUAUCGCUACGCCGGGGUUUCGGAGCAAGUAGCCUUCCUGCAAGCAUGGCUGUUCUUCGGCAUGUUGUCUGAGAUUUCGUCCAUCUGUGGACUCUCGAUCGAUUUGGAGGCCGAGUUCGUAGUUGCCGGGCCAGCCGGUUCCCGGAAAGUGUGCACCGCCGCACUGGACGGUCUACCUCAGCGAUGGUUGGAUGCAGCCGACACGCGAAUACUACACGAUCCGACGACGAAGCACAUACUGGAUUCCGAUCAGGCGGCGCGGAUCGUUCGGGUCGUCCAACACGCCAUGUCUAUGCAGACGCGAUAUGAGGAUCCGCGGAAAAGCGAAUCUCGGCGCCUCACAUACCCGGAAUGCAAAGUUCUGCUCUCGAUACGGAUGGUAUCGAGAGCUGCGGUGUUGACAUUAGCCGCAUCGGAGGCGUGCGACAUGGUCAUCAUUCGGGCCUUGAUGGAUCCUCAGGUGCAGCAAUCAUUUCCAGCGCGCUGGGAUGAGCUCAAGCAAUUCGCCGCAGACGAGCUGCAGCGCGAAGGCUGGUGCAGAAGCGAGUGUAAGCUGUUGGAGCGCAUGGACGGCUCCUACGAAUUCUUUGCUACUAGCCUAAAGCGCCAGAGAAUGGACCAUAGUCAAUGCGACGACUUCAGGUGCUUGGCCGACCAAGUGAAUGAAGAUGUUUAUGAGACGGUCCAUGUCGAGCCAGGAUGUCGGUGCGCAUCUGUUGUCGUGGACCCCGAAGAACUGCAAGCCGUCCUGGCUAAGGGUAAGGUGCCGAGGAUUCUGGUUUCCGAAGACUGCCGACUUGUGGUUACGGAAAAUUGCCCGUACGCCGCGAUAUCACAUGUUUGGUCUCACGGCCUAGGAAACCCAUUCGAAAACGCUCUUCCUCGGUGCCAAAUACGGCGCCUCAACCAACACAUCGCGAAACUCCAAGUCGGCGGCAGUCCCGAAGCACGGAUGGCCCUAUGGAUCGACACGCUUUGUAUUCCCGUCGCCAAAAGUUUUCGAAGUUACCGCAACAAAGCUAUCGUGCUACUCGGAAAGACGUACAAGGAUGCCGACGCGGUGUUAGUCUUGGACCGAGAAUUAGAGCAGCUCGAUACCGAGAGAGCAUCACUACUGGAGCAGGAGCUGCUCAUGUCCUUUGUCGGAUGGACUCGACGACUUUGGACCCUCCAGGAAGCAGCUCAAGCCCGGAAGUUAUUUGUACAGACGCUGCAAGGGCCCCAGCCGGUUGACGUUGAUCAUCGCGUUCCGAGUCAAGAACUGGAAGAAAAAGAACAGGCAAUAUCACAAAUAUGUUUUCGCGAAGAGAUCCAAGAACUUAUCCGCAACCGAAUCCCUUCUUUGCCCUCCUUGCAGAAAUCUACCUUUCAAACGGCGGAUCGUGGCGUUGGCUUGCCGCCCAUCUCGGAGAUCAGUACUUCCUACCAACGUCUCUGCUUCGCUGUCAAGCACCGUUCCACUAGCAAGAUGACGGAUGAGGCGAUCAUCCUGGCAACAAUCAUUGGCGCGGACACGCAAGAGUUUCUCAACGUGCGGGAUGUCAACUCCAGAAUGUCGAUAUUCCAUACUCUGAUGCGCGAGAUACCCACCGACAUCAUAUUCGGAGACGCCGAGAGAAUCGGACGUGCUCCAUUUCGCUGGGCACCUCGGUCUCUGCUGAAUUUCAACAUUUUCCGAAUCCAAUCGUUCGGACCACCUGCGAUAUGCGAUGCACAUGGACUUCAUGCAACUUACGAGGGCCUCGUACUGGAUGGUGGUUCGGGUGCGGAAGCGGAGGAGGGUAAAUACUAUGCUGAGGACCAUGUUACCGGGAUGAAGUAUACAUUUGCCCUUCGCGGUGAUCCCCACCGGUCGUUCAGAUUACCCGAAAGACCUGCGUUUCUUCUGCGGUACUACUGCAUCAAUAACGAUGUGGCGGUGGUAAAUAUCUUGCGGGCUGUGGACAACGGGGAUCUUGAAGUUGGCAACAGUGCCACAGCCGCAGUUCCAUACGUCGGUGGUGGGACAGACGGCACCGGUGGCACAAACUGGGUAUACGAGGUGACUAUUGUUGGCUACUUGGAAUUGGUUGCGUCCGGCGGUUCCUGGGGUAUCGACGGAGAACCUCUGACCGCAAACCUUCAGGGAGCAAUGACUGGGGCAGAGCAGAGAUGGCUGGUUACGUGA